CCCGCCCACCCGAAAGUGGGUGAAAGGUCGGCGGCGCCGGCGCCGCGGCUGGAGCAGUGGAGCAGAGCCGGCCGGGAAACCACAGGCACUGUGACGGACGGACUGACCAUGGCAGACGAGGUGAAGCCCAUUAGCCCGCUCAAGAACCUGCUGGCCGGCGGCUUUGGAGGCAUGUGCCUGGUGUUCGUGGGACACCCGCUGGACACUGUCAAGGUCCGACUGCAGACGCAGCCUCCAAGUUUGCCUGGACAGCCUCCCAUGUAUUCUGGCACCUUUGACUGUUUCCGGAAGACUCUGAUGAGAGAGGGCAUCAGGGGUCUAUAUCGGGGCAUGGCCGCCCCCAUCGUCGGGGUCACCCCCAUGUUUGCUGUCUGCUUCUUUGGGUUUGGUUUGGGGAAGAAACUGCAACAGAAACACCCAGAGGAUGUGCUCAGCUACCCCCAGAUAUUUGCAGCUGGGAUGUUAUCCGGAGUAUUCACCACAGGAAUUAUGACCCCUGGAGAGCGGAUCAAGUGCUUGUUACAGAUUCAGGCUUCUUCAGGGGAGACCAAGUACGCUGGUCCUUUGGACUGUGCGAAGAAGCUAUACAAGGAGGCUGGGAUCCGAGGGAUCUACAAGGGGACUGUACUCACGCUCAUGCGAGAUGUUCCAGCCAGUGGCAUGUAUUUCAUGACAUAUGAGUGGCUGAAAAAUAUCUUCACUCCAGAGGGAAAGAGCGUCAAUGAGCUCAGCGUGCCUCGGAUCCUGGUAGCUGGGGGUUUUGCAGGAAUCUUCAACUGGGCUGUGGCAAUCCCCCCAGACGUGCUCAAGUCCCGCUUCCAGACUGCGCCUCCUGGGAAAUAUCCUAAUGGUUUCAGAGAUGUGCUGAGGGAGCUGAUCCGGGAUGAAGGCAUCACAUCCUUGUAUAAAGGCUUCAAUGCAGUGAUGAUCCGAGCCUUCCCAGCCAACGCGGCCUGUUUCCUGGGCUUUGAAGUUGCCAUGAAGUUCCUUAACUGGGCGGUGCCCAACUUGUGAGGCUGAAGGCUGCUCCAGGUUUCAGGAUGCCAGAAGUUGUCAUCCAGGAGGAACAGUGGGCGGGACUAGGCAGUCCUGAGGUGUGAGGAGAGGGGGAUGGUGGGAUGAGAGCUCUGUGCAUGGACCUGUCGAGACCAUUGUCUUAAUCACACCCUCUACCUGGUGUAAUUUGCCAUUUUGCAACUUGAAUCCUCUCUUGUCAAUUUAAGGGAUCUCAUGAGGACUUGGAGGUGGAGUAAGUAGCUCCUAGACCACAUACCACCUGUGGCCAGGGUGCUGUCUGCCAGUUGACUACUGGUCCUCCUACACCCAGAAUACUCUUCAAGAAAGAGGGACUGUCCACCUCUCACUGGAGACACUCUGCAUGUUUGUAGUCAGAUGACUAGGAGCUGGGGCCUUCCUGCAUCCCUAGCCAGGAGCACCCACCAGGGUGUCCUCUAAUCCUGGCCUGCACAGCUCCAGGUCCUCAUGGGAAUGUGGAUCUGAGACCCACAUCUGUCUGUCCAAGCAGACUGAGCAAAUGUGCCUAGGGGCAGAGAGCCUGUUAACACUCGGGUUUUGUUUUGUUUUUUUAAUGCAUGCAAGUAAUCAGAAUUAAAACUAGAGUAACCUAAUUUCCCAGGAGUUGGUGGAAAGCUUUUCCUCCUACACAGCGAGGAGAGUUUUGAAUAGACCAUCCCAGCUUGCUAGGAUAAGUGAGAAAGUGAGAAAGCCCAGGGUGUAGGAAGAGUCUUUUUGCACACUCUUUUCUCAUGAGAGCGCCCUAUUUGAACAGGGAAUAAUAAAUAUUGUUUCUAAUUUU